GCCACAUUGAACUGACGGGAGCAGUGUGAAGGAGCUACGUAAAGUGGACCCGAUUCCAUAGCAACAUAAACAACAACAUAAACAACAACAACAACAGCAACCACAAUGGCAGCAGAGACGCGACAGAAGCUGCUGCGCACUGUCAAGAAGGAGGUGAAGCAGAUCAUGGAAGAGGCUGUCACCAGGAAGUUUGUACAUGAAGACAGCAGCCACAUUGUCUCAUUUUGUGCUGCGGUGGAGGCGUGUGUUCUCCAUGGGCUUAAGCGGCGAGCGGCGGGAUUCCUGCGUAGCAACAAGAUAGCAGCGCUCUUCAUGAAGGUGGGGAAGAGCUUCGCCCCGGCAGAGGUGCUGUGCAGAAAGGCUCAGGAGCUGGAACAGAUCACGGAGAGCAAACGGAACCAAAGUUUGCCCAACCAGGAUAGCUUACGGAUACUGUCCAGGCUGCCCAGCCUCAGCCCGCAGGUGGUCAGAAACCUUUGGAUCCGCACGGCCCUCAUCGAGAAGGUGCUGGACAAGAUCGUGCUCUACCUCGUGGAGAACAGCAGUAAAUUCUAUGAAAAAGAGGCCAUUCUGAUGGAUCCGGUGGACGGACCCAUUCUGGCCUCUUUGUUAGUGGGGCCCUGUGCCUUGGAGUACACAAAGAUGAAGACGGCGGACCACUUCUGGACAGACCCCUCGGCCGACGAGCUUGUCCAGAGACACCGCAUCCACAGUGGCCACUGCAGACAGGACUCCCCCACCAAGAGGCCUGCUCUCUGUAUCCAGAAGAGGCAUUCCAGUAACAGCAUGGAGGAGCGGCCCUCACCUUCAGCCCGGGACUACGUGGAAUCCCUGCACCAGAACAACAGAGCCACCCUGCUGUUUGGAAAGAACAACGUGCUGGUGCAGCCGAGGGAUGACAUGGAGGCUAUCCCAGGAUACCUUUCUCUCCACCAGACCGCUCACAUCAUGACGCUGAAGUGGACGCCCAAUCAGCUGAUGAACGGCUCUGUGGGAGACCUGGACUAUGAGCACAGUGUGUACUGGGACUACGCUAUGACCAUACGUCUGGAGGAGAUUGUUUAUUUGCACUGUCAUCAGCAGGUGGACACCGGGGGCACGGUGGUGCUGGUGAGCCAGGACGGCAUCCAGAGACCCCCGCUGCGCUUCCCCAGAGGGGGGCACUUGCUCCAGUUCCUCUCCUGCCUGGAGAACGGCCUUCUGCCACACGGCCAGCUCAACCCUCCGCUCUGGUCCCAGAGGGGAAAGGGGAAAGUGUUCCCUAAACUGAGAAACAGGUGUUCACAGGGAUCCUCGGACUCCGUGUCUGAUAAGGAGGAGGACGAGGCCACGGACUAUGUUUUCCGCAUCCUGUUCCCCAACAGCCAAUCAGAGUUUGUGACUAUAACCCACCCUCCCCGUCUUCCCCCGGGGGUUCCUCUCCUGUCCCGCUCCUUCUCCCUCCACCUGAGAGGACAGCCCCCAACCAAAGGGAACCUGGUGGUCCCUAAGCGCUCCUGCAGUUGUCCCGGAGACCCCCCAUCGCCCACCACAGGGAACAGCUUGGCCCCAGAGCUGAUGGACCAGGAGGCAAACAUCUGGCAGCCCACAACCAGGAAAUCCUCCUGCUCGUCCUGUACCCAGUGCAGCUUCUCAGAUGGAGGUCCUCCCAAUGGGUGCAACCAUGAAAGAGCCCCUUUGAAGCAGCUGUGUGACCAAAUGAAGUAUCAGAUCAUCUCCCGGGCUUUCUAUGGCUGGCUGGCUUAUUGUCGUCACCUGUCUACCGUACGUACACACCUCUCGGCCCUGGUCAACCACACUAUUGUGGCGCCCGACGCGCCCGGCGAUGCCUUAGGGGGCCUCACUGCCGAGGUGUGGCAGAGGUUCCUUCAGGACUGCACCGCCUAUAAGGAGCAGGAGCUGUUGCGCCUGGUCUACUUUGGUGGUGUUGACCCUUCACUGCGUAAGGAGGUGUGGCCCUUCCUCCUGGGCCACUACCAGUUUGGCAUGUCUGAGGAUGACAGGAAAGAGGUGGAUGAGCAGGUGCGGGCGUGCUACGAGCAGACCAUGAGCGAGUGGCUGGGCUGCGAGGCCAUCGUGCGGCAGCGGGAGAAGGAGCAGCACGCUGCGGCACUGGCUAAAUGCUCGUCCAUCUCAGCCAGUGUGGAUAAUCCAAGCACUGUGCAGAGGAUGAUGCACCGUGACUCCAGUGUCAGCAAUGAGUCCUCCCAGAGCUGCAGCUCAGACAGACAAAGCCUGGCUCGCUUGCAGAGUGACUCUGACAGCAGUACCCAGGUGUUUGAGUCUGUGGAGGAAGUGGAACAGACCGAGACAGAGCCCAAGAGUGAGGAGGCCAAGCCGGUUCCCAAGAUCCCCAAUGGAGGAGGCCUGCCCAACGUGGCCAGCUCCCCAGACUCGGGGCAUCCCUCCUCUCGCAACUUCUCUGUCACCUCGGGCAUGUCAGACCACUCUCUGAGCACAGAGGACAGCACUGUGCCUGACACCAACCCCAAAACCACCAUCAGUACUCCUCCACAGCUGACCCCAGCCCAACAGAUCCCAGUCAAAGUCCAUCAGGAAGAGUUGGAAGCAGAUGACCCAAAUGUCCAACCCCUGGCCCUGCAGGAUGAGAAGGACCUCCAGGCCAAGGACUGGCCAGAUAAGGAGGAAAAAGAGAAGGAAGAGAGUGUGACUGAAAUGGCCCAAGAUACUGAGGACACCAAGACAGAAGAUCCAGAGGUAAAAAUGGGGGAAAAUCCAGAGACAGCGGAGGACAAGGCAGCAGACCCAGCUGAGCUAGUGAGCCUGAAAAUAGAAGAAGAGAAGACUUCCAUGACUCUAUCUAAUGAGAAAGAUGAGGGAAGGACCUCUGAAAAGGAAGACAGCAAGUUACCAAAAGCAGAAGUGGAUGCUGUAAAAGGAACAGUGGAGUCCAAAACAGAUGAGUCCAAAACAAGGGAGGCUAAAGAGCCUGAUGCAGAAGUGAUGAAAAUGUUGGAUGGAGAGCCAACAAUGCAAGUACACACAGAGGAGAUGCAGUCACUGGACCCUGGGGAGUCAGGAGAAACAAAGGAGAACAAAGGACCAGAACCAGAGUCUGUAGACCGAGAAGAGAAUAAGACAUCCCAAACAUACAAUAGAGAGCCAAAGGGGGAGAAUACAUCGAUAUCAACGGUGACUGCAGAAGCAACAGAAGACACAGCAUCAGAACUGGAUGAUGAAAGAACUUCAGACACAGGGGCUGGAGAAACAAAGAGUGCUGAAACAACAGAGGUAAAGGAAGCCAACGCAACAAAUGUAGAAAAGACAGAAACUGAGAAGGGAGUAGAAGCCAAUCAGACUUUGAAAUCUGAAGAGGUAGUCGAAACAAAGGUGUAUAAGACAGUGUCACCAGAAGAGGUUGCAGAGGCAAAAGUGGAGGAGAUAAAAAAAUCAGAGGAAGUGGGAGAAAUAGAGGAGGAGGAGACCAUACUAUCUGAGGCCAAGCUGCCAGAGUCAGAGAAGAAUAAAAGCCCUGUUGCAGAGACCAGCGUGGCAAGAGCAAUGGAUAGCACCACCAGGCUCGAAGAGGCUCUGGCCACCACAGAAUUUGAUGUAUCUCCUUCGGCCAUUGAGAUGGAGGAGAUUUCCUCAGCUAAAUUCUCCAUGGCCCUACCGUGGGACAGGAAGGGCCUGUGUGAAAGCUCCGGGGUCGGGGCUGCUCUCUCUGAGGGCUCAGUUCACCAUCUGGAGCUCCGUUUGGAGGAGAAGGAGAAGUGCAAGCCCAGCCCUGAGGGCACAGAGUCCAUCAUGUCUGAGGAGCCUGAGAUGGAGAGCCUCUUCCCUAAAUUUGAUUUCCUGACCGUGGGAGGAGAGCUGAAAAUCUCUCCAGUGCCAUCCAUCGGAACCACGUACUCUCAAGAGCUUUUGGACAUGUACACGAUCAACCUCCAUCGCAUUGAGAAGGAUGUCCAGAGGUGUGACAGAAACUACUGGUACUUUACCCCUGCCAACCUGGAGAAACUGCGCAACAUCAUGUGCAGCUAUAUCUGGCAGCACCUGGAGAUUGGCUAUGUGCAGGGCAUGUGUGACCUGCUAGCUCCCCUCCUUGUCAUUCUGGAUGAUGAGGCCAUGGCCUAUAGCUGUUUCACUGAGCUCAUGAAGAGGAUGAAUCAGAACUUCCCCCACGGCGGGGCCAUGGACACUCACUUUGCCAACAUGCGCUCUCUUAUCCAGAUACUGGAUUCGGAGAUCUUUGAGCUCAUGCACCAAAAUGGCGACUACACCCACUUCUACUUCUGCUACCGAUGGUUCCUUCUAGACUUAAAGCGUGAGCUGGUGUAUGACGAUGUGUUUGCGGUAUGGGAGACCAUCUGGGCAGCGAAGGAUGCCUCCUCCAGCCACUUUGUCCUCUUCAUCGCACUGGCACUGGUGGAGGUCUACCGGGACAUCAUUCUGGAGAACAACAUGGACUUCACCGACAUCAUUAAGUUUUUCAAUGAAAUGGCUGAGCAUCACAACAUCAAGCAGAUCCUGACUCUGGCCCGGGACCUGGUGUGCAAGGUUUCGUCAUGGAACACCAAGGGAAUGAUGACUUUUACCUCCAGUUAUACUGUCAGUGAAACAGUUUGUUUGACUUUUUAUUAAACUGUGACAAAUAUUUAGUCAUAGGAUUUGUAUGCGGUAUGCCUUGUAGACCUACUGUUGAUUGAAGUGGGGUUAGUAUAUACAAACACAGAGCUGGUUUCAUAGACCUAGAUGCAAUUAUUUUACUCAAGAACUGAAUAGCAGUUAAACAUAAAUAUGGACAAUAGAUAGUCCCAGAAUAUUUUAAGAUGUGAAAGUUACCAAGUGCCAUUCAGUACAGGAGUAGGCUUAACCUGGUCCAGUGAAAUGUCCAAAUGUUGGAGUUAAAACUCAUUAACAGACUCCAUCUGGAGCCGUAGUUUACCUGAGUAAAUUAGGUUACAGGUAGGGUACAUACCUACCUGAUGUGCCAAAGGCCAGUGCAAGGAGCAAAUUAGAUCAGCUUAAAUGUUAUACUGUGUUGAAUAAGUAGACUACCUUGCAAGUAACCCUGUCCCAAGUAAGUUGUUACUGAAUGUAGUUUGGUAGGUACUGUAGGUGUUACCUUACAAUCUAUUUUGGAAUUAUUUAAAACGAAAAUUAAGUAAGAUAAUUAAUUGGUUCGCUUACAGCGGCAAUCAGCAGUUGAAACAAUAAUAAAGCGUACCCACUCCCCCCACCAAACCCGUUUCACUAAAAGGCUGAGGGAUGGGGCUGGAGAAAUGUAAUCACUCUCAAAUUCAUAGACAGAUCUAUGGAUGGAAGUACUGACCAUCCAUGAUAUCAACUUUCUAGUUUUAACCAUGU